UCAAUUUUUCUCCCAGCUCCGCCAUUUCAGUUUUUUUGAAGUUUCUGUUAGAACUUCAGAGAUUGUAUUUUAAAUACCUGAUAUAUAUACAUUUAGUAUUUGAUUUGUUAUUUUCUCUUCUGUCUGAGGUCAACUAUUUUUAUUUGUCAGGGGAUCCCGCGAAUUAAGUUUUAAGAAACGGCGGUGUGGAUGUCGUGCAUUUUCUGAGCGUGUUCCACAAGGAGCCAAAGUUUUUUGUAUGAGUUGAAUCCUGGUUGCGGAUAGGGAGAGGCGAAGGAAGGCCUUGAAGCCUCGGUGUUGGAGUGGCAGCCAUGGCCGGUAAUUUUGACGCCGAGGACCGCGGGAGUUGGUACUGGGGGAGACUAAGCCGCCAGGAAGCGGUCUCCCUUCUCCAGGGACAGAGACACGGCGUAUUCUUGGUCAGGGACUCGAUCACUUGUCCUGGCGACUAUGUGUUGUCCGUCUCCGAGAAUUCUAAAGUCUCCCAUUAUAUAAUCAACAGCAUCAGCAACAACCGGCAAUCUGGAUCAGGCCUGGCUCCUCCACGUUUCCGCAUCGGGGACCAGGAGUUCGAAGCCCUCCCCGCACUGCUGGAGUUCUACAAGAUCCACUACCUGGACACCACGACUCUGAUCGAGCCCAUCAGCAAGGCCAAGAACUCUGGGUUCGUCAGCACAGCCGCCGGCGGCCCCCAGCGGCUGGAGGAGGCCGAGUACGUGCGCGCCCUCUUCGACUUCCCGGGCAACGACGACGAGGACCUGCCCUUCCGGAAGGGCGACAUCCUGCGGGUGCUGGAGAAGCCGGAGGAGCAGUGGUGGAACGCGCAGAACUUGGACGGCCGCGCCGGGAUGAUCCCCGUGCCCUACGUGGAGAAGUACCGGCCGGCCUCCCCGACCUCGGGGGGCUCCUCUGCCCCGGCCGGCGGGCCAGGGACCCCGGGGGCAGGGGGGAACGCGGACGGACCCGGGGGUCAGCCGCCGUCGCUGGUGGGAGAGCCGGGCCAGUAUGCCCAGCCCAGCGUCAACACGCCCCUGCCCAACCUGCAGAACGGACCCGUCUACGCCCGGGCCAUCCAGAAGAGGGUCCCCAACGCUUACGACAAGACCGCCCUAGCUCUGGAGGUGGGCGACAUGGUGAAGGUGACCAAAAUCAACGUGAACGGGCAGUGGGAGGGAGAGUGCAAGGGCAAGCGCGGCCAUUUCCCCUUCACACACGUACGGCUACUGGACCAGCACAACCCCGAGGAUGAGCUCAGCUGAGAUCGGCCUGCAUGGACUCCCCCGUCCUCCCUGCUGCACACACGUACACACACACACACACACACACACACACACACACAUGCACACGCACGCACACACAAACGCGCACCCUCUUCAGUGCCAGGUUCCUUUACAUACCCGUUAGCUGUUAGCGUCUUCUCGAAGUGCGCCUUUAUCCUGGUCGUACCCUGCUCUUGGCUUUCUCUCUUGCUGACGCUGAAUUGUCUGACUGUGGGACCCGCCCCCUUUUAAAACGUGCCAUUCCAGUAUUCAGUCCCUGUAGCCACCAGGUGUUUAGCACGCAACAGACAGAACAAACAAAAAUGUGGUCUUUUUCCUCUUUCUCUCUAUUUCUCGCUCAUACAUACAUACAUACAUACAUACAUACAUACAUAGAUACAUACAUGCACAUGCACACACACACACACACACACACACACACACACACACCAAUAUGGAGCUUCAUCUGUAAAUUGUCUGUGCCCAACCCCUCAUGUGCAUAUACAUUCUCUAUCUCUCUCUCUCUCUCUCUCUCUCUCUCUCAUACACUCACAAACACACACACACAGACAUCCACCCUCAUGCUAACCUCCUGCUUCAUCUGCCAACAUUCCCCAAACGUCUCAUGUACAAACACUUUCUCUUACACUAAACACACCAGUCUGCUGCUUCCCUGAUGCUGUUCAUUCAUACUCCGUCUCCCACACUCUCUUACACACACUCACACACUCAAUAGUGAGGUUGACCGUAGUGUAUAUUUCCCUCCUAGCCCUGUCCUCUCACGCGCCAGUUUACGUCCCUCCCACCCUCCUCCAAACACCAAACUGCUGCGAGAACUUUUAGUGCAAACGUUUCGUUUACGUACACACCCACAGAGACCGGUCAGCAGACGGCCUAUCACACAGCAGCUCUCCUCACAGGAGGACACACAUCCCUAAAGCAGCCCCAGUGAGGCUGCCACCUCCUGACUUCAUUGCGCUUUUGCCCAGUGCACCACAGGAUCCACCAAUGCCACAGGGGGGCGCCUCUCAGAGCUACAAUCAACACUACAGUCUCCCAAGAAGUUUUAGAAACCAAGUUGAAUCAAGUCAAGUUCUCUUUUUGUAAUUACGUGGAAUAGAAAAUACUAUGAUACAAAUAUGAUAGAAAUAUAUAUUUACCAUUACAU